CUCGUACAUCCAUAAUUAUGUUGCUGAAGUUUUUUGAUGCUCCACGCCCCCAACUCGAAUAUGUCAGCUUCCUACCCGACUAUAAUCCUCUAGGAGGGCUCUGAAGAGUGGUAUCAAAAUAAUAAAGAGAACAAUGGAACGUCAAAAUAAAAUCCCAGCUUCUAAAUUUCAUGUGGAACAGUUUGGUAGAAGAAUCCUCUGUGUGCAGAGAUAAGGGUUAUUUGCAGUUCCGGAAUGUAAGCUCAAAGAGGUGCGACCGAGUAUGACUGUUCGACCGUGAGAAAUUAUGGAAUCGUGUCUUCGCCUCUUUCCAAAGGACUACCUUCGCCAUCUCCGACAAACACGGCUCUCAGCGCCUAUCAUUACCAACAUUACCUGUCGCAGCUAAAUCUUUUUGGGCCUGAAGCUAAAAAUUCAUCCCAGGUAACACAGCAUGUUAUCCGACCACUGCUUUCAUGUUCUUUCCCAUCAGAAAGUGUGAAGGAGGACUCAAUGUGCUUCCUAUAUAGCGGGGAUCCAAACUGACGCACGGAGACUGUUGUUGGACCUUGUUCCUACACGAGGAUGGCUGAGAGACGCCAUCACAGUUAAAUGCACGAACAUUCUCGUACGGAAUCCUCUACAGCCAGUCAACCUUACAUGAGAAAGGAGAAUGCGCAUGGCUUCGGCCCAGAUAGUAUCUUCUCUGUUGUCGAAACUGGGACAGAGAAUCCAGAACCAUUUAAGUACACCUGCGAAACCAAUCAGGAGCCGUAUCUGGCAGACAGUAAACUCGAGGAGAAUCACAGCCCAACGAAACAACUGUCUGAGAAAGAGAAUGUCCUUAAAACGGACGGAAGCACAGACAACUCAGACAGUGAGGUUAAAGGUAACGCACACAUGGAUUAUAACACAUAAACAAGCAUUAUCCGACCACGAACACACACACCCACAUACACACACAAACAUGGCUCAUGGCUUAUAACACAAACAAACAUAUCAUCACACUUACUUCGACCAGGUUGGACAAGCCAAUACUUCAUCUGAGAUGGAAAUAAAUUUAGGCUACUAAUGCUAAUUCAAAAGAUCAUGCAAUGGUGACAAGCCUCGGCAUAGGCCUAUGUAAUUGUAUCUGUUACCAGUGGUAGGCCUAUAGUUUCAAAGUACAAUUUUAACCUCUUGCAAACUUGACUCGAUUGGUGGGCUGUUUUUUGUUAAGCAGACCUUUCCCCUAAAUUGAGUAGCCUAAGCCAUACACUUCCCUCCCUACUCUAUCUUUAUAAUUAUAGGAUCUGCGUUCCUUAUCUCUUUCCUAAAAAAAUCAAAAUAACAUUCACACAAUACCGGUUAACGCACAGGCCUGCCUGUAGGCUACUUUUCGUUGUUUAUUUCACUGGACUACAAGGGUGAUCUGGAAGGCGAGACUGCGUAUGCUCUUGACAUUGUCCAUUUAAGCAACUUUUUGUUCCCAAAGCUGCCAGGCCAUUACCAAUUUGCUGCGAAGGACAUAAUCCGUUUACCAUUGAACUGCAACUUUGGAAAAACGUUUGUGAUAGUCUAGGUUUUUGAUUUUGAGAAAUGAAAACUGCACACUGCACAGUCUCAAAUACUUUGCAGUUGAGAUGGAGCUCAUUCAUUCAUAUUUUGAGAAUGUUUAAGGAAUGAGAUUUGUUAUGUCUAAUUGGUGGUCAUGACAAUAAUAAUAAUAAGAUAGGAUAGACCUACUAUAGUCGCUAUAUCUCGCUUGGAUUUGUUAUAAUAUAGUAAUAGGCUACUAGUAAAGGGGGGGGGGGGGGGGGGGGGGGGGGGGCUAUCCAAAUGAAUGCGCUCUAAUUAUAUAGUUACAGCAAUGAAGAAAAUAAAGCAUGAUUCAGGCUGGUUUAUAUCUCAUUGGAUUUAAACAGAAGAUGCUGCUUUCCCAGACACAGAUUCCUACACUAAAAAGCAUGUUCAAUGGAGACUCACUGUUUAAUCUGUGCUCGGGAAACCGUCCCGAGAAGACAUAGCCUACAGACAAACUGUGCAGACCAACAAAAAAAAAAACUUUAGGAUUUUGCUUAUGAAAGUUUCCUGGAAGGUGAAGUGUAAUGGAAUGGGUGCUUGUAUGAUUGCUUUUGUUUUGAAGCUUGUUGGCUUUGGAAACUACAUUUUUUAGCUAAAUUGUCGGUAAAUAAUUUUUCAAAGUAUAAAACAACAAAUAUAAAGCACAUAUAACCUCAAGUUAUGACGUUUCAUUUUGUAAGUUCAGGAAAUAAAAAUCGUGUCACGUUAUAAACAUAAUUGUAGGACCAACUGGUGAACUUUAGGCUGAUGGUGAUUCGUUUAUUAUUGUUACUAUUAGGCCUAUUAUUAUUAUUAUGUAUUAUUCUUAGGCCUUGUAUUGAGCAUAUGUGGCCACAGCAUGUGCAUCCGAAAUUCACGCCAUUGCUUACACAAUGAAAUUCCAUUUUUAUUUAUUAACUUGUUUAAAUCAGGCAGAUAUGGGGCUUCUAUUUCCAUGUAAUUAAAAACAACGUAUGAUUUAGGGCGAAAUAUUAAAAGUUGCUUCAGUCCCUCAUUUCUCUCUUCCUUAAAUCUGACAGAUUCGUUAGAAUAGUGCCUACUAAUAACUUGCUAUUCAAAUAUUACACUUUUAUCCCACAUUCUAAAAGAGUAAUUCAUUAGUCAUUCACUAAAAAAUUAUAAAAACACUGCGCCGUUUAUUUCCGGAUUGUUUUCCCCAUGUGAACAGUGUGAUUAGUUUAAUUAUUCGUGCCCGCUGCGCCAUGUAGGCCUAAUCAAGACAGAAGUCUUUAACAUUUAGAUUUUAACCUCCUCCGGACUCCUUUAUGGAUAGACUCAACUAUACACCCCGGACAUCGUCCGUGGUAUCCAUCCCUCUGUAUUGUGGCAUUAACUAAUAUCUACAUUUAAUUUAUCUCUAAUGCUAUUUAUGAGGGGAUUGAAAGAACAUAAUGUAAUUCUUAUCGCCAAAAAUACCCAAGUUACCCCUAUUAAUUAACAAUUUAUUUUCAUUAGCCUAUUUGCCGGAUGAGAUCAACUCACAUUUUUCGUAGGCCCUGUGUUUCUAUAUAGUUAAUUGUUUCAAUUGGCCUUGAUUGAGCGUAGGCUACUCCAGAUACGCAAAUAAUGCAGCAUUAGUUAGGCUAUAUUCUCAAAGAAGCGGUAAUUUAUCAUCUCACUAAAGGCUAUGAUUAGGCUAUACCUCCGUGCAUUAAGGCAUCAAAGACAACGACAUGUUAUGACAUUUUAUAUAACCUUGAAAGAAAACAAUUGGAGUUGAAAUGAUAUAUUUUUAUAUAUAUAUCGAUUAGCAGCUCCAUUGAGCUAUAGGCCUACGGUGAAGUUGUAAAUACAAUUGCCAAUAUAUAUAAAAUGACAUGCCAUUCUUGGUAACCUGAUUUAGUUAGUGUAUUAUCAGUGGUUUCGCGAGGCCGCAAGGUCUGAGCAUUUUGCCAUGAGGCUGAGAGAAAUGUUGCUUUUUUAAAGCUAAUUUCCUGCAAUUCUCCACAUAUUGCCAUAGGGCAGAGAGAAACAUUUACAGUUUUAUAGCUAAUCUCAUGCUAUUUUACACAUUUGGCAAUGAGACUGGGAGAAUGUAGCAUUUUUAAAGCUAAUUUCCUGCAAUGGGGGGGGGGGCUACCUCCAGGGGGCACCCAACCUUAAUAGCUGCAGAGGUGUGUGGUAUAUGCCAGUGAUUAUUAUGUUCUAUCACAAAUUAGGCUACGUUUAGGCUAUAAACUGAUAAUCAUGUUAAUUCAACUAAUUCCUUUUUUACAGGGGACACCAGAUUGGAGAAUGCCAUUGGAAACUGGAUCAUAGCUAAAAGUGGACGGAAAAAUCGUUGUCCUUACACCAAACAUCAGACACUGAAACUGGAAAAAGAGUUCGUGUUCAACAUGUAUCUGACGCGAGAGCGCCGCCUGGAGAUAAGCAAGAGUAUUGACUUAUCUAAUAGGUCAAAAUAUGGUUCCAAAACCGACGCAUGA